ACCGCGGAAACGAUAUCAACUCAGUCUACGACGGACUGUGAUCGCGUGUUAAGGCAAAGAAACCGAAUUUUUCGUAAUUUACGAACAAGUACCCUCUGAACCGAAGAACAACUAGAGACAACCCUCCAACGUUACCUAGAGACCAUGCGAUGACCGUGGGCUAUCGGGGUGGCUGUUUUGUGCGCUCGAUUAUUGUUACUGUUGUACGCGGGACAUUGCAGUAGAAAGACCGAAAAAGUGUUUGUUGUUAAGAGAAACAAACUUAAUAAUAAAAGGACAGGCAUUUAUUAACUAUCGGGGGUGUUGCAUCUGCAUGUAUACAGUAAUGAUGGGGCAAUCCUCUUGGGCAUAUCCUUCCGGCUGACCGAGCAAAACUGGGCCGCGAAGUUAGGCCAUGGCCUUGUCGCUGAUUACACUACUGUGGCUCACCACAGCGACUGGCCUACAUCCAACUGGUGGCCUCCUGGCCUCGACGCCGUCGGCGUCCUCGCCGUCGACGGCGACCGGGGUUGCGGUGGCGUCGCUGUCGGCGUCGUCAGUUCCUCCAAGUCAGUCCAUCGACCUUCUGGCAAAACUCGGACUGCACAAUAGCAGCUGGGAGGGAGUAUCGUACGUUGACGAUCCAGUGCUGCACAGACCCGUCUAUUAUUUGCAAGGCAAUUACCGAGACUUGCGUCUACCUCCACCAGCAUUCGAGGAGGUGACGGACUUGUUACGCCGCAGUCCCGAGUUCACGAUAGCAGCCUGGGUGCGGCAGGAGAAAGGCAAUACUGGUAGCAUAAUGAGCGUGGCGCACGGUCCCGAUCGCUACCUGGAAUUACAAUCGAGCGGCCGCAGGAACGAAGUGCGAUUACAUUACACGUCCCGCGUUGACUCGACCGUACACACGGAAACGUUCGCGUACAGUUUGGCCGACGACCAUUGGCACAGGGUCGCGGUAUCGGUCAGCGGGUCGCAAGCCGAAUUAUUCGUCGAUUGUUAUCCGCUUUAUAAAAGACUGCUAAGGCCUGGGGCGCCCAAUAGAAAUUUUUCCGCGCCCCAACAAAUCUGGGUGGGCCAAAGGAAUCAGCACUAUCACUUCAAGGUAAGAUUUUAUAUUUACUUUUUAUUUAAAACAGGAAACUGUUACAUGCAGGAAACAACAUAUGAAGACGGUGAGGAAGUAACGGCGCAGUGCUAUAAGUGUGUGUGCGACGAUGGAUCCAUGACUUGUACAAGUAUCGACCCUAUAAAGUCGUGCCCAGAGUUGACUUGUUCUGCUGAUGAACAAUUUUCUGUACAAGGUCACUGCUGUAAAUUCUGUCCAGGUGUGGACUAUUGCGCUAAAGGCCAUACAUGCCAUGCUAACGCUUCAUGUGUCAACCUUGGGACGACUUACACUUGCAAAUGCUUUGAUGGGUUUCGAGCUGUUACAAAAGAUAUUUGCGAGGAUGUCGACGAAUGUCAACAAGAGGGUGGUUCCGACGGUCACUAUUGCCAAUUGAAUACAAAAUGUGUCAACACCCUGGGAUCUUACGUUUGCGAAUGUUUAAAAGGCUAUCGCAGAGUAGAUGCUUACAAUUGCGCAGAAAUCAACGAAUGUGAAACAUCUUCUCACGAGUGUGACAUUAACGCAAACUGCAUCAACACUCAAGGAAGUUACUAUUGCAUUUGCAAGAACGGUUACAGUGGAGACGGAUUCCAUUGUGAACCUGUUUGCAGUCAAAGCUGUCUGAACGGAGGUUACUGCAAAAGUCCGGAAAAGUGUGCUUGUCCAGUGGGUUACACAGGUCCCCAUUGCGAAAGGGACUUGGACGAGUGUCUAACUAACGAGCACAAAUGUUCAAACACCUCCGUUUGCGUCAAUAGACUUGGCUGGUACCAGUGCGAAUGUAAACCAGGAUACGAGACCACCCCCUCAGGAUCUUCAUGUCAAGAUAUAAAUGAAUGCGAAAGACACAUCCACUUAUGUCAUCCUUCGGCUGAAUGUGUGAAUACCGAAGGAAGUUACAUGUGUCAGUGUCCACCUGAAGGGAGUCCUGAUUGCAAGCUGUCAUGUAUGUUCGAGAAUCAAGAAAUUCCGCACGGAUCUUCGGUUCUGCCGAAGAACAAUUCGUGUCAGCGAUGUACAUGCAGCUAUGGAGUGGUGACAUGCAGGGACCCCACAUGCAAUUGUUCCAUACCAGGAAUGGCGCAGAAUCCGUGCUGUCCACAGUGUAAUCCGGAACUCGCUUGCAGACACCAAGAGCUACCGGAAGUUCUAUUGAUGCACAACGAAAAGUGGUCGUAUCAAUGUCAAACAUGCGAAUGCCUGUUUGGCGAGAUCGACUGCUGGGAUUUGGCGUGUCCGCCAUUAUCCUGCGAUAAUCGCGUUCAAUCGCCCGGAGACUGUUGUCCUCAUUGUGACGAUCCCUGUUUCUUUGGGAACGUGUCCGUUUCAGGCAAACCGUGUACUUAUUUGGACAGAACGUAUGACUCAGGGGCGCAAUUUAUCGAUCCCCACAAUCCCUGUUCCUCGUGCAAUUGCAAGGUGCCGUUCUGCGCCCCACUGGUGAGCAAUGUCGCGUGUUGUGUGCAUCGGAUGGGAAAAUUUGCUGCAGCUUUAAUUCCGACAAUUGUACUAACGAUAAUAGACCAGUGGGAUUCGACAGGGUGGUUUCCGGCCCAACAGCCGUGGCCGAACAUUCUCGCGCCUCUGCGUCGAACAGUGCUAAGACUCGAAUUAAUUACAGUGACAAUAUUAGACAAUUACAUAGUGACUCUGUCAAGAGUGUUAAGACUGAGAUCUCUGGGGAUUAGUCUUUGGAAACAGUGGGUCGACUUUACAUUCCUACAAACUACUGAGAAGAUGAGUAGCACAAAUUAAAAAGAAAACAAUGAAAAAGUUAUUAUCUAAUUUAAAUUAAUACAAGCACACACACACACAAAAAACACAUACGAAUACACUGCUUCGUAGGCAGACUUUACUAGUGCCGUCUUCCUAGUAAGAACAUUGACUACUAUUACUACUACUACUACUACUACUACUACUAUUACUUCUACUACUACUAAUUAAUAACACAGCUGAUUAGCGCUUGAUUAUAUUGAAAUUUUGUGCUUAAAUGAAAGAAGAAAAAAAAAACAUUUUGUUAAUGUAUGACUACUUAUAAAAUACUUAAAAGAAAUAUGUUACAAACUCAAAGACAAUAACGACAAUUUUAAAUAGUGGCAUUAUUAUAAUUAUUAUUAUUACGAUGUAAGAGAAAAACUUGAUUGUUGAAAAAAUAAUAAUGAUAAUAUUAUAUUUGUGUAUCUUGUGCAACUCUAGUCAAAUUGAUGCUUGCUAGGACGUAUUUUAAGCUAGUUCACCAAUAAUGACACGACUUUGCGCUUCUAAUGAAUACUUAGAUAAAUAAACAAGUCAUAAAAAAAAUAGUAACUAUAAAAUAGAGCAAAGAUAAAAAAAGAUAAACGUUCCUUUAGAUGGUACUUCAUUUAACGUAAUAAUUUAGCUAGGAUAUGAAAUUUUUAUAACCACGCGUUUUUACGGUAAUUUCUUUAGUAAUCUAUUCUUAAAGAUAAUAAAUACCAAAAAAAAAAAUAUUUUGUUUGGUUUUUGUGCACUAUCGUGCAGAAACUAAUUGAGAAAAAAUGGGAUGAGGACAAUAUAAUCUAGUUAAUGUGUAUUUUAUUAUUUCUCAAGGAAAAGAUGAUAAAUUGAGAUAACUGUGCAAGCUAUACUGCAAUGAACAUUCAUCGCAGUAUCGUAUAAUUUAGUUGCCUAAAAUAUCUCACAGUAAUUAAUAAAUGCAAAGCUUAAUAGGUUUCACUAAAAGUAAUUUAUUCAAAAGUCUGAUACUU